AUGACCCCUCCUGUUCAACCAAGCAAGCAAACACCCUCUAAUACCAUACCAUCUCCAGCUGAAGCAGCAAGCUAUACUAGUUGCUUCAGUAUGGCUAGCAUCGCUGCUCUUACUCACAUGUCAGCAUUUGCACAGGGCUUCAGCAACAAUAAACACCAAGCAGCUGCCAUGGCACUACUUAGGCAUGAUGCACAUACCAACAAGAAGACCCUCACACAAGACAACCUGGUAGAAGCAGGGCUGCAGGAUGUAUUUGAUGUGAUCAGUGUACAAGACCACCUUGACAGUGGUAUUUCACUCAUUAUCCAUUGCGCUGCAUCAGCAAAAUAG